ACAAGCUGUCAAACUUGCGACUCGCUUUUCCCUGUACUUCCUACUAUAUUAAUUAUAAUAUGUAUGAAACCUAUACAUCUUUUUAUUAAAUAAUAUGAUUGCAGAACGAAGAGAGCAGAAAAGAACAUUUACUUUUUAGAAAAUAAGAUUUGUCUUGUAGGAGUUUAUUUAUUUAAUAUUCAAAUUUCGUGGUUUUAGCAUAAAGAUAAUUAAUAAUGAGGUCACCCGCAUUCUCAUAUGGUCACAUCGGAUUAAAUUGCAUACUAAACGCUGCUAUAAAUGAAAUUAUUGAAAUAUAAAAAUGUAAUUUAUAUUGCAUAUGCUAUAGUAUUUUCGUAUGCGCGCGAUAUAUUUAAAAAAUAAGAUGCCAAAGCUAUGGCAUACAAGACUGCGUUCCGAUAUUCAUUGCCAGCACUGAAAAUCUAUAAUAUACGUGACAUAAACUAUAGAUUUCAGUACUGUCAGAGUAUAUCGGAACACGGCUUAUGUAGUAUUGUUUUUCGAACGUAACGAAAAUCAACAGGUAGCGUCAAGAAAGAAAAAAACAUAUUCCAAACUGAAAAUUGAAUGUGAAUGACAGGACGAGGUGUAUUUUUCGAAACAUUUAGUUAAUUAAAGUGAGCGCUCGUCAGUGCUCGAUAUUAUGGCAAAUACGUCAUUCUCAUCAUCCAUACCGUCUUAUAGCGAGCCACUGACAGAGGAACAAGAAAUGGCGAUUUACAAGAGCAUAAGGACGGUUAGGUUACACGAAAUUUCGCACGGAAUAGCAAUUAAAUUUCAUCGAUUUCGCUGAAGAGAUAUCUUGCUUGGAUUUGUUACAGAAUUUGCAAGACAUUGAAAAAGCUACGCACGACAUUAAUCUGAAAUUCAAAAACAUACAGGAAGAAAUGCGCGUCACGGCCGCUUUGAUGAACGCGAUAGAAUCGAAAACUUUGACAGUCAACCGAGAUUAACGUUCUUCGAACAUUUUGUACGCAAAAAUCAAAAAUACAAUAAAAAAAAAAAGUAUGUCUCAGUAAUGUGAAGAAUAUUUCUUGCUGAAUAUAAAGUAACUAUCGUAUUGUUACUACUAAUUAUUGUUAAAAUAUGUGAAUGAGCAUGGCUACAAUGGUGCAAAGACCCAUUACAACUUCAACAUGGGGUUCUGUGAAUGGUCAGGAGAUCAAGAAAUUCACGUUGAGGAACAAAGCUUGUUAUGAGGUCGAUGUUGUGACAUAUGGUGCGACAGUAACUGCCAUCAGAACGCCGGACAAAGAGGGUAACAUAACGGACAUAGUGCUCGGUUUUGAUAACAUCGAAGGAUAUCUAUCAUCGAAUAAUCCGUACUUUGGUGCUACCAUCGGACGAGUCGCGAAUCGUAUUGGCAAGGCAACUUUCGUCGUGGAUGGUCAACGUUAUAAUGUAUCAAAGAAUAUAGGCGAAGACAGUCUCCAUGGCGGUAUUAAUGGUUGGAGUAUGAAGGUAUGGGAUGCAGCAGUCGAUGACGAUCGCGUGGUGAUGACUUUAGUCAGUCCAGACGGCGAUGAGGGUUAUCCAGGAUCAGUAACAACAACAGCCACCUUCCAACUAAAUGACGAUGGAGAGCUGCGAAUAGAGAUGAAAGCCAAGUCCGACAAAGCGACGCCGAUUAAUUUGACGAACCAUAGUUACUUCAAUCUCGCUGGGCACGCCACGAAUGCGGAAGAGUUGUAUAAACAUGUAUUCACAUUGAACGCCGAUCGCUGGACUGUUACCGAUUCCGGAAAUAUACCUACUGGCGAGAUUCGGUCUGUCGAGAACAGCAUGAUGGAUCUUAGGAACCUAACGACACUUGGUGAAGUUAUCGACAAAGUACCGGGCGAUGGUUACGAUUAUAAUUUUUGUUUGCCAGAACCGCAUGAUCAAAGGAAAAUCAGUUUUGUCGCUAAAGUAUUACAUCCAGCCUCAGGACGCCGCUUGGAAGUAUAUUCAAAUCAACCGGGUGUUCAGUUCUAUACAUCCAACUUUAUACCCGAGACUGGUAUCUCGGGUAAAAACGGAGUGCAGUAUUUCAGACACGCCGCCUUUUGUUUGGAAACACAAAACUAUCCUGAUGCCAUAAACCAUAAAAAUUUUCCAAAUAGCCUAUUACGACCAGGUGAUAUAUACAAUCACAUUGUCGUGUACAAAUUUGGAAUAGAAAAAUAAUGUAUUUUUUAUCUUCUAUUAUAAAUUCUUGAAAGAUCAGAUCUUUAUUCUUUAGAAGAUACUUUAGAAGAGAAUGUGCCGUACUGAAAUAUGAAAUUAGAACAUUUUUUUUAUCUUUUAGUUUUAAAAUGCUAAAUUUUAUUUACUAGAUACUACGAACGUGUGUUGCACGUGUGUUGUUUAUCUUUUUAAACAGAAGGAGAAAAAAUUAUAUAAUCCAUUACAUUAUUGAGAAGAUUGAACGCAAUCAUCCAAUAAAUUUCAUAUUUGAUAA